GCUGCUGCGCAUGCGCGUAGGAAGUUGCCGUCAGAUAGCAUAAAUACAUUGAAGUUAGCUCACCGCUGAGUAGAAUUAGAAGAUAUUUAACCAAAAGAAACGUGUGUCGAAGAUGUUCCGGAGAAAACUGACAGCGCUAGAUUAUCACAACCCCGUCGGCUUUGAGUGUAAAGAUGAGACCCAGUUUAGGAACUGCAUAGUGUGGCUGGAGGACCAGAAGAUCCGACAUUAUAAGAUAGAGGACAGAGGAAACCUGAGGAACAUCCCCAGCUCAGACUGGCCCCAAGCCUACCAGAAGUACCUGCAGGAUGUGAACUGUCCAUUUCCGGUUCAGGAGAGGCAGGAGGCUUUAGACUGGUUACUGGGCCUGGCUGUAAGAUAUGAAUAUGGAGACAAUGUGGAUAAGUAUAAAAGAUGUGAGCCACUGGCGGCCUCCAGCGACAGCAACAAAGUUGUGGACCCUCUCGUUAACCUGGACAGCGACUCUCCAGAAUUCAAAGCCGGAGUGACUGCUCUGGCAAACAUCCUCAAGAUACAGCGGCAUGAUGACUACCUGGUUAUGCUCAAGGCCAUUCGGAUUCUCAUCCAGGAGAGACUUUCUCCAGAAGCGAUCGCUAAAGCCAGCCAGAACAGAGAGGGUAUCCCAGUAGCUUUGGACAAGCACAUCUUGGGAUUCGACACCGGAGAUGCCACUCUGAAUGAAGCGGCUCAGAUCCUGCGCCUGCUGCACGUCGAGGAGCUGAGGGAGCUCCAGACUAAAAUCAACGAGGCCAUCGUGGCCGUUCAGGCCAUCAUAGCCGAUCCAAAGACAGACCACAGGCUGGGCAAGGUCGGCAGAUGAGAGUGGAGAGCGGGGACUAAGAGGGGCGGUGGAGGAAGGAAAGCGAUGAACUGAACCAUGGGAGUUUUAAUUUGAGUUUGAGAGGAGAAGACUUUUAGUUGGACAUAAAUGAACAUUUUUGUUUCUGUUUGUUGCAAGAGAUUGGAUUGUUUGAAUUGGGAACAUUUGAGAAAAUGAACAAAUGCCAAGUUUUCAGAUGCAAUAGUAAAUAAAAGUCUGUUGUAUUCAGAGACAUUGGCUGAACCUCCUGAUCACCUCUCGUCUGCCACUAGCAGAGAAAGCUUCUGAAAUAUUCAAACUGACGGUUAUAUUUGUAUUUUUCGUCGUACAGGUUUGUUUUUGCCAAUGGAUAAAGUUUAUUUUGAAAUGGUUUACAUUGAAGCUGUGUGAGAAAACAUAAAAAUACAGCUGAACAGA